UUUUAGUAAAUAAUAAACCGAAAAUGUUUCGGUUUUGUAAUGGGCGAAUGCUAACAUAUAUAAUUUGUGGACGUUCAAUAAAGUAAUGGAUGAAAUUGAGCCUUAUGUCAGGUUAGCUUACAGCUUGAGCAUAUUCGCCAUUUUGCUGCGUAACUAGACAAGCUAUCAACAAGCCAUUGUCACAAUCGACCAGUGCAACAAUCCAUUUUGCUGGCAAGUUUGUGUUUGUUUAUUAAAAAUUAUUGUGUGUGCGUUGACAUUUGUGACCUGUCUUAAAAUGGACAUCAAACCGGAACUAAUGCCGCAGCAUCAGCAGCAAUUUGAUGUUAGUAAAAUAUGCCGAGCUUGUCUUACAGAAAAGGGAGAAAUGCGUUCGGUGUUCCUCAACGUCGAAUCUAAUGGACAAACUAUGAGAUUUUCGGAGAUGUUAAUGGGAUUUACUACUGUUCAGAUUGAAAAUGGCGAUGGACUACCUGCUUCGAUCUGCGUUCAGUGCGUUCAUCAAGUGAGCCGAGCCUUCUCAUUUAAACAACUAUGCGAACAAUCGGACACGAAUUUAAGGCAGUAUCUCGGUAAACCGUUAAAUCCGAGGCCGUGCAAGCAAGAGGAUGAGGAAGCACACGAUCUGUACUCCAAGAGUUUAUUGCUCGACAAUCUGGGUCUGGAUGAUUCGUCUAACGACAGUGACGAUUCAUUUAAGCAAGAUUUUAGUUUGUUAAGCCAGCUUAGUAUAGAUAAUCCGGCCGAUGAAAAAGCCAUUGCUCAAAAACAGCUUUUAAAGGCGGCCAAAUUGCAGAAAUGUAAGCUCAACAAGAAGAAACUGUUGGCAAAAGUGGGAGGCAAAGCAAGUGCAUUGAAAAAAUUGAAACGCAACACCAAUCAGUGUAACGUAUGUAAAAAACAAUUUAUUAAUCUUAAAUCGUUUCGCAAACAUCUUCGAACUCAUAUCGAGGACAGACCGUAUAAAUGCAAAAUUUGCCCGCGUGGUUUCACCGAAGAAAAUUAUUUAAAUAAUCACAUGCGAACACACAUGCCUGAAGAUCAAAAACCAUAUCAGUGCAAACUUUGCAAUAAACGAUUCAUUCACACAACCUUAUUAAACAAACAUUUAUUGAAACAUAGCGGAGAAAAGCCGUUCGUUUGUAAAAUUUGCAAUAAAGGUUGCUAUGCCGAAAACAGCUUGCUAAAACACAUGAAGAUCCACGAGAAGAAGGAGGGAGAUCCUGGACUGUUAAAGCAUAUUUGUGAUUAUUGCAAGAGUGAAUUUCCCGACGCCGCUACAUUAGAUGUUCAUAUUAAACAGCACACCGGGGAUAGGCCGUUCGUUUGUAAUAUGUGUGGUAAAUGCUUUCCUCAGAGAUUUAAUUUGGAAUUACAUUUACGAACCCAUACCGGUGAGAGACCCUUCGCUUGCGAAGUCUGCAAAAAUGGUUACGUAUCAAAAGCGAGCUUAAAGAUACACAUGCGGACGCACACCAACGAAAGACCUUUCGUUUGCGACUUCUGUGGAAAAGCUUUCCGGCAGUCUGGGGAUUUAACAAGUCACAAGCGUCUACACGGUACUGAAAAACCAAUCGAAUGUUCAGUUUGCCAGAAAAGGUUUACAACAGUGAUGAAACUGAAAUAUCACAUGCGGAAUCACACCGGGGAAAGGCCAUACGUAUGCAGUGUUUGUGGUAGAGGAUUUACCGUAAAUACCAUUUUAUUACGUCAUAUGCGAGUUCAUUCAGGUGAAAGGCCAUAUGUUUGUGUUACUUGUGGAAAAGCAUUUUCACAAUCUAGUACUUUAAAUACACAUAUGAAGGUCCACGCCCCUUCUCCAAAAUACAACACUCAAGAGACACAAUCAAGAAUGCCAAAAUUUUCAUCUACAAACGAAGUCAAAUUUCAUCCUAACAAUGACCAGACAAACAACAGGUUAAUGCAACCCACUGACAAUCGCAUGAUGCAACCAGAACCGCCUCGCAUGAUGCAACAAGACACAAGUAGAAUGAUAUCAAAUGAUGGAUCAAGAAUUAUAAACGACGCCCAUUUAUUGACUGAUCAUCGUGUACUUUUAAACGAUGCCACCAGACUUCAUUUAGUUAACGUUAGUGAACCGCCAAGACUCCUAGUGAACGAUAACACAAGGCUGUUGACGACUAACGACAAUAGAUUGCUCACUAACGACAAUACGCGCCUGCUGGCGAAUAUGACCGAUAAUAAUAGAUUGCUGACGAAUGAUAACACCCGUUUACUAACAAAUGAUAACGCUCGACAUUUGGCGGUUAUCGAGAGUUCUCGCAUUUUAGCAGAUAAGUAUUUGGCAAAUUAUGAUCCAUAUCAUCGGGGACAUCUUUAGAUUUCAACUGAAUAGGACAAAUGCUCUAAUUAAAACAUCAAUAUUAAUAAUUUUGUUUCAUUUUAAUUAACUGACAUCCAGUUUUAUAUUACGUAAGUAUAGUAGUGUAGUUCUUAUUUUAUUAUUUAUACAAUAUGUGUAUAAAGACUUGCGUCUCUGUUUCACCGUGACUCCCUCUCUGACCUCGGCACUGCGCAACCGCAAGCCCGCUAUAAUUUGAUUUUGCGUUGAACUGUAAGGGCAUUGAGUAAUUAAAUAUGAGUCCUUCACUCAACGGUUAGGGUAAGGGGUAAAAAGCUACGAGCAAAAAAUGUACUCGUAGGGGUAAAUAGUAAACAUAACCUCUGCCAGCCACAGAAGACUUGUGAAUAUUUUUAGUGUGUCUAAGUAGAUUGCACUGUUUAGUAAAUGUCUUUCCACAUAAUGUACAAAUGAAGACAUAUCUGUGAAUUAAAAAUUAAACAUGCAAACAGCUGAGCGGAACUAAUUAUUAGGUACAAUCAACAAUAUUCAUUUUUAGUAUGUGGAACCCUUACCUCUUCUUUAACUUAUUUGCGUUCUCGUUCAUUAUUACUUCGUGUUUGCAUAACACCGUAAAUAAAAGAACGUGUUUUAUUUAUGGCACAACACUACACAAUAAUUUUUUUGCGUAAUCAGCAGGAAACGUGGUAAUAUAAACAAAACAAACCCUUGCACGUUGCGCGUUAGGGCAAAUUCAAGUGCUUGCGUCUGCGCGUUGCUGAGGGAGUCACGGUGAAACAGAGACGCAAGAGUGUAUAAAGUACGUUACCUUUUUUAGUCUCGUGUGCUAAUUUGUGAACACCAAAACCUCUGUUGAGGGCCAGUAUUCUAAAACACGCAUAAUUAUCUAUUCUUCAUUAAGCUAAAGCUAGUGUGAAUUUUAUUAGUGUGAUUUAAUCAAUUAGUUACGGUAGGUUUUUAUUUAAUAUCUCGCUCAUUUAUUUUUUAUUUAUCCCCCCAAUUAAUUUAAUUAAAGAUUCUUGUCAAUUUAAUGAAUUCCAUGCAUAAAAGGUAAGUGAAGUUUAACUUUGCAGUACAGUAGCAGCUUGACGUAAAUUUCAUUUAGUUUACACUUGCACUGGCACUUUAUGUAGCGAUAGAGGAUACAUAAGUUUGUAAUGCAACACAAUAUUUAUUUCACCCAAGUUUGCAAUUAAACGUUGCUUUAAAAAAUACAUGAGAAUAGAAAAUAUUGUACCCAAUUAUUUAAAUGAAUUUUCACAGUAAUGAAGCAAUGUAAACAUAGUGUUCAUUAAAGAGAAUUCUGUGAUAAAGAACACCCAGUGUAACGCAGUAAGUCAAGCUUUAUAAGUGCAGUAGCUGUGAGCAGCUCUUCGAUCAUGUCUUAUGAGCCAAAAGUCACAAUUUACAAAUUUUCCCAGUUUUUAAGUCACUAAAAAUUUUCGAUUCAAUAUUAUAGUAUUUGGUUAUAUACAGGGUCCUACGUCAUACAUGGUCAAAAUUAUUAAAAAAAUAUCUUGUGCAAAUAUCAACUAUAGAUGUUUGCACAUCUACAGAAAUUAUUUUUGAGUGUGGGUGGUGUCCAAUUUUUAGGGUGUCAUAAUAUAAUUUUUUUAAAUAAUAAUAAUAAUGUCAUAUGUCUUUAUUCUCUUCUACUCCUACCAUACAAAUAUUAAAAAGAAAGUUUCAUUUCUAAAACUUAGCAAAUAAAUUUGAUUUUAUGGUUUGCAAAGUUAAAAAAACAAAUCAGGUGUUGAAAAAGAAAAGAUUUAAGUAUCAUUGCAAGUAGAACACCAUGUUUAUUUUUACAAGUUCCAAUGUCAUUUGAUAACCUCUACAUGGAAACUUUUUGUUUUUUUUUUGUCAACGUUGCCAUCUUAUUAAUUUUUUUCCGAAUAAUUCCCCUUAACCCUUACUUUGAUGAUUCGUAGCCACUUUGAUUUUGAAGUUAAGAAAUACAUUUGCUCAAUAAUGUUAAUCUGAGUAAAGGGUAGCACUUUGAUAAUGAGAAAGUUGGAUUUAGUGAUGCAGGGUGUUCUCACGGAAAUGACAAAAUUUCCAAACAUCGAUGUGCUAUAAGUAUUCUUUUUCAAAUGGAACCACUAUUUUAUUUCGCUAUUCAAUUAUCUGUUGUGUUCUCUUCAAUUUUUGUAAGUGUCCUGUGCAGUUUUUAGGUUAUUCUCUAUUUUUCACAAACAUACCUACCCAUUAAUUAAUUUCGGGCGAUCAAAAAUGAGUUGCUGUCGAGUCGCCUUUGGAAGUUCAAGUUAAAUAUGAUUUCCCAUGUAAACAAAAAUUCCAAAGGUGACUCGACAGCAACUCAUUUUUGAUCGCACAGUAUUUAUACAUUGAUGAAUUCCAAAUAUUUGUAAAAUGUGAGAAAUAUUCAACCGUAUCAUAGUAAUACAAAAGCACUCUAUCGAAAAUCUUCAAGGUGUUAACUUAUUCCGCGCAAUAGUUGACUCAUCCUGUACAUGACAAAGGUAUAGUUUAUAAUCUGUUUGAAUUAUCGUAAAACCCUAGUCAGUUUUAUUUAUUGUGCAUUAUCGCAUUAUCACAUUACCAAUACAACUUUUUUUUAAAAUCUUCAAAAAAUAAAGAUUUUUUGUUCCUCUUUAAUUGAAUAUUGGGGAGUUAAUUGUUUUUUUUUAUUUAUCUUCAUUACAAGAUUUACUUUAUGAAGUGUUGCAGAUAGACAUUAUCCAAAAUAGAAAGAUUAAUUCUAAAACGUCAAAAUAAUAGUUAACCACUACUACAUAAAUCUGUACCUAUAAAUAGCCAAUUGUACCAACUGCUGGUAAACUUAAUGGAGAGUUAUUACUAUGGUAAUAAUUAUCUUCAUGAAAAUGAUCAGUUAGUUAAAUAUAACUGUAUUGACAUUAAUCUCAGUGGAAGUCAUCUGUCAGUUAAGUUUAUUAGCAGUUGAUAAUAGUAGUCUUUAAAUGCAAAUUUCGUUUUGGUUAGGUUAGUAGAAUUGCAGAGCGAAGGAAAUAGGUUUCAUCAAAACCCCAUUUUAAUUUAUUUCUAAUUUUUGUGUGUGCGAGUGUGUAAUUUUAGUGCUUGAACGAUGACUAAUAAUAAGUAGUAAUAAGGAUCAACACUUCCAUUUGUAGUAAAACAUAUCGUACAUAUUAAUUAGAAAGAAGUAGCCUUAAUUAUUUUUGUAUUGUACCAUGUAUGUGCUAUCUGUAUUUUUUAUGUUCCUGGAGAUUACUCCUAAACUUGUACUACUUACUAUAGGUAGAUUAUUGUAAGGUAGCUGAUAGAGCCGAGCAUUAUUCUGUAAAGACUUUGUGUUUAAUUACAGUAAACGUAAAAAUUAGUUUGAAUGCAGUACACAACCAUGAUCAUAUUUUCUAAAUACGUAGCGGCAAAGCCUUGUGCACAAAUUGAAAAUAAACACUUUUUAUAUCA